AUGCCGCCCCUAGAUGUGAGCGAGCUCCACAUCAUCAUUGCAGUACUUGGCGCCUUCAUCAUCCUGUACGGUGUUGCAUCAGUAAAAAUCAAGCAAGUAUGGUAUCUUGGCGAGGCUCUUCCAGCACUGCUUGUCGGUAUUGCUCUCGGACCUCUAGCCGCAAAAUUCAUUGACUCUGAACGAUGGGGCUCCGCCGUCAAAGACCAAACCGAGCACAUCACGCUACUGACCACACUCACCGCGAUGGUUAUUGCGUCGCUGGUCACAUCAACGGAUCCCGUGCUCUCGCAGGCUAUCGCGAAAGGAUCCUUUGCAGAUAAAUACGUCCUAAGAGCCUUGCGAGAGAUCGUUUUUGCGGAGGCGGAAAGUAAUGAUGGCUUCGGCUUCCCGUUCUUACUGCUCGCUACAUAUCUGAUCCAUUACGCGCCCGAAGAAGGCCUCGCCUUCAAACCUGGCAUUAAUCGCGUAGCAGGAAAUGUCCCGCACCGACUGCUCAGCAGAGCAGCAGAUGUAGGCCGUGUAAGCGGCGACGCACUCCAAGCAGUAGAGAUCUGGAUAGUAGAAGGCUGGCUGUACUUCAUCCUGCUGGGCACCGUGGUCGGCGCUGUCUUUGGUAUUGCAAGCAUACAGGUGCAUCUGAACACAGAAACCGUACCUAUUUUGACUAGCCCAUCAGCAGCAGCCAUCAGGUACGACCUUUAUGGCGCGUACGAAAAAUGA